UUCAAUUGCGCUGAGAGGGUACAUUGAGGCACAAGAAGAACGGGAGACCUGAUCCGUAUAACAUGAAGUGGACCAAUGUCGGUGGUAAUUGAUCGGUUUAUUCUACUUUAAGAAAAGGAAACACCAUACUACGGCAUAAUUUCAUUUUUUCCCUGCGAAGAGGAGGAUGGUGGCCGGGUAGUCACAACUUCGGACUCGCUGCUGUUCCUUGGCACGCGCACUGAUCCAGUUGGUGAGGAGGCUGCUGAGGGGAGGAUGACUUAUAAUAAUGAAUGGAAUGGUCAAUACCAUUCCAUUUAUUCCCUUCCAGCCUUUACAAAGAGCCCGUCCUCUCCAAUUAAGGCAGCAGUAGCAUCUCCUGUGGAGAUGACGGAGGUGGUAGAGCCCAAGCUGGACUUUGCAUCCUCGGGUCGCUCGGGGAGAAGGAAUGCCCUACCUGACAUCCUGGGUUCACCGGCUGGGGUCAACCCCACUGACCUGCAACUCAAAUUGUCCGAGCUCCACCUCACAGAUGGUCUGGGAGAAGCCCAGUCUCCCACGGCAGAGGAGGCCCCACCCCCUACAGAGAGCUCUGAGAGGAAUGACGGAUCAUAAGGCUGCCUGGUGUGGGGAGGGGGGGCAUAACUAGCCCCGAUGUUUACUUCCUGUGAAGCUGAUGAGAACUGGAGAAGAGGGAUGGAUGGGUAGAACGAUACAGAAGGACCGAUGAAGGAGAGUGAUGGGCCUGUUUUGAACAGCAGCUGAGCUGCACAGAGAAGGAUGAUGGACAGGGAAUGGUCUCUAUCACCCAAUCUGAAAAGACUCUUAAGAAAAGCGUUGGUGUGUGUGUGGGUGGAAAGAUCACCUCUACUCCAACACACUGCCAUGAGAAACAAAGGAUGUAUGCUGAUUAUAUACUGUUGUACACUACACAUUUUUAUGAUUCAAUCAAGACUCAAAACAUUCAGCAAUGGAGAAGUCGCAAGUGAAAAAAUAAAAAAUGUACAAUAUCCUACUGGUGUCUAUUAGUUGGCCACUGAUUCAACACUGCCAAUCAUGUGGGACGAAGGGCGGAUCCUAGUGGCCAAUAGUGGUUCAGAGCUUUCUGAUUGGUUUGGAAGAGAAAGUAAUGAUGUAUUAUAAUGUACUGGAUGUGUAUGAAGAACGAGGUGAGAGUGCGUUAACUGUAUAACAAGAGGCAGCUGGCUUCCUCUUUCGGUGUCUCACACAGACAUUGAUGUAAUCAUGAAUUCACAUCUGAGACUUUAAUACAGAGGGCAGUGUGGUAUGUACCGCAUAUAUGGGUUUUUAAAUGUUGUUUGAAUGGUUUUAAUGACAACCAAUGGUACUAUAAAGCUAAUGGAUUGAAAUGAUUGCUGUGAUUGUGGCGAGAAGUGUUGAUGUGUUAAUUUGCAAAGGUUAGCUAGAUGCUAAAGCUAACAUUAUGAGUAGCCUGACAAUCCAAUCCCUAUCUUUUAAAACAUUCCUGAAAUGAACCUGAAAUGGUUUCUCACUGCCAACCAUGUACUGUUAAAGCACUCUGACGCUUUUGGCGUAUUUCCAUACAGGAUUUACCUCAAUGUAGGCUCAGACUUUUCUGUUUCCAUCUACGCGGGCACCCGUGUCUUGGUUCCGGUGGACCAGGUCUCACUUGUGGCCAAAGCCAGGCCGCUGGUACUUUUCAGCUGGCAAUUAAAUAACAAACUGUGAACUUUAACACCUUCUCACAAAGCAAUGGAAACAGUUUACCCUACUAUAACAUAAGGGUGUGUACACUAGUGUAAUGCUGGUGUAACAGUUGAAAAGCAGCAUGUGAAAACUGCUAUUGUGUUCCUCUCAGCUCAAUGCUGUCUUUCAUUAAAAGGAUUUAUAUUUUUCCAGACUUCAGAAAAUGUACCUGGUAGCAGUUUACACAAGAAACCUGCUUUGUUGUGUUCUAUGGGUGCGUUCGUAAAUUCGCUCUGGUUAUCUACUCUGAUUUCAGAGCACUUUCGUCUGAGGGUGCCAGAGCGCAGAAUAAUUGAUUAAUUUAUGAAUUCUUAACACCCGUUGAAUAUGGCCGGUGUCAGUAAACGUCGGCAAAAAAACGUAGUAAAAUUGUUGCCAGCAGCACAGUUACAGUCACCUACACUCUGGAUGACAUGAAAACAGCCCAACCAGCUCUGACCAUUUUACUCACCCUAGCAGAGUGAAGUGUUCUCUCAUUUUAGUCUGGAAGUAGCUAGUAAACGUUAGCCAGUUAGCUUGGGUGCUUGACUGCCGUUGUAAGGUAAGAAUGCUCGGAUCAACCCUACUCCUCUGAAUUUAGGAAUGGACAAUCUGACAACACUCUGAAUUUAGGAACGCCCAGCACAUUAGAUUGAAUUUACCAACACCCCCUAUAUCUCUGAAGUACUUUUAAACAGUAUUUGGGCUAUUGACACAUAGAAGACAUAUCUACCAGGUCUUUGAUGAUAAACUGUAUAGAAAAAUGUCACAUUUAUCACAACAGUACAUCUGUUACUGAUGUACCGGCUCGAAGAGGAAUUACCACUCACACUCACAGCAAGGCCUUGGAGAUGGAACGCUUGUGCACUUGCAGUGUGGUCAGCAUAUGCCUGUUGUCUGGGCAUGGGAGCAAGCACCAAGCAGCACUACCAAAGUGUUGCAUCAUGUAUGGAGAUGGCAGCAUGCCUUCUGCCUCCUGCUGCUCCACUCAGCCACAGACGGACAGCCCGGGCAUUCACACAGGCCCAUUUUUUUUUUGCCAGCACACCGGCCAUCUUUUUUUCUUGAAGCCCCUAGAAUAUCUAAGUAAUGGUAAUUCUGCACAAAACAACAAUUUAGAAUGGCCCAUCUGGCAUUUGCCCGAACUGCCCUAUGGCCAGUCCGUGCCUGCACCUAGCAGCCUGUCUGAGAGAAUUUGUAUCUGUUCUAUUUCACUCAUCAACACAUUAAUAGAGCUGUGAGAAGGGAGAUAUGCAUGAUCACGAUAGACUAAUGAUAUGAACACUCAGGACCAGAUGCACGGUGAACAGAAGGACAGCCAUAUACAGUACUUAGUAAUUAAUGCCAAUAUAUACUGUUUAACAUUACAGGAUGCCAGUUAUUACACUGUUGUAUAUAUUGUGAUAUUACAUGAGGAAGAGUAUAUUUACUAUAUAUACAUGUGUUCAUAUAGUGAAUAUACAUUCACGAUACAAUACAAGAGAAUGAACAUUCUGUAUUAUCAAUUGUCUUUUUAUGAAAUGUUUGGGCUGUGUGUAUCUUUGUAUGGUUUUGUCUGAAGUGCAAGCAGCUGAUGCUCUUAUUUGUGAUGUACUUAUUACUGGAGUCGUUCAUGUAAUAACUCAAGGUAAAUGCUCAUUCUAUGGGGAGGGAAAAUCAGAGGUGUGUCUCGUAGUGUACUCUGUUCUCAGUUGUGGUAUGUGCAGUAUAUUUUAAUUAGCAUAAUUCCACAUGUCGAUUCUUUCAGGUGGGUAGGCAACAUGCUAUAAUAAAUCCACAAAGCUUCACAUAGAUAA